AUGAGGAGAUCAAGNGAGGUUUUGGAGGUGCAAGUUGAAAAGAAAGAGAAGAAAAAGAAAAAGAAGAAAGAGGAUGGUGAAGCUUUAUCGCCUGAUGGUGAAACAGCUAAGAAAGAGAAGAAAAAGAAAGAUAAAGAGAAGGGUGAGUCUGGGUCAUCUGAUGAAGAGAAAUCUGAGAAGAAGAAAAAGAAGAAAAAGAAUAAAGGUGCAGAGAAUGGUGAUACCUCUGCGUUGCCCUCAGCUACCAUUGGGAGUGAUGAUGAAGUAACCAAAAGUGAGAAGAAGAAGGAAAAGAAGAAGAAGAAAAAUAAGGAUGCAGAAGUGGAGUAGAUCAAAAGAUUGGUCUGACCUGAGAAAUACUUGUAUGUAUGCCAGCUUAUUUAUCAUCGCCAAUGACAUGUAUGUGUUCAGAGAUUUAUCUUCUGUUGCACGUAGCGGGCACAACCUGUUUUCAGUCUUGAGUUUGGAUAUGAGACUGGUUUAUUUAGCUUAUUAGUUUCAGUUGGUUUCUUGUACCUUUUAUUUUCUUUUGGCUGGUAUUUGAGAUCUGGUACGUUUUUUCUUGAAAUUAUUGUUAGCUCAGUUUUCAUAAUAUGCUUUAAAUUCUGUACUCUUGUAGUAUUGUUGAUAUUGACGUGUUUCUAUGUGUGGUGAAUUUUGUAUGAUAUCAAUUAUCAACCAUGGUAUGCAUCAUCAGGU